GCCAAACCGCUUGGAGCGUCGCGGCGUUAUCGCCACCUGGAAUGCCGGUAUGACGGACAACCACGCGGUGGCGGAGGAGGUAGAGGAAGAGGAAGAGGAAGAGGAAGAAGAGGAGUUCUACGAGUCCUUGGACCGGAUCCUUUCCUCGUCCUGCUCCUCCACCUCCGCCUCCGACGACGACGCUGACGAAGUCCGUUCCCGCCGUCCCUCCCCUCCCCCGCCGUCCUUGUUACCCUCGCUCGACGUCUGGACCUCCGAGCCCGCCUCAGUCGCGGAACGCCGCCGCCUCCUCCUCCAGCGCCUCGGCCUCGCCGGCGACGCCGCCCUUGCCCGCCCCGCCGCCGCCUCCGACGGUCCCGUACACUGUUCCUCUGUUGAUACACCCGACCCUCCGCACCUCCCCCGCCAACAGCCGCAUCAGAGAUCGAUCAAUCUGCUGGCCUCGCGCAAGCUCCCCCUCUCCUCGAGAUCUCGGCCCUUGUCCGCAGUGAAUGUCAGGCUCUCCGGCGGCGACGACCACAGGUGCUUGAUCAAGAAUCUUGACAACGGGAGGGAGUUCGUGGUGGAGGAGUUUGGGCAGGAUGGGAUGUGGAACAAGUUGAGGGAGGUCGGGACGGGCCGGCAGCUCACGAUGGAGGAGUUUGAGAUGUGCGUCGAAGGAUCGCCCAUCGUUCAAGAACUGAUGAGGCGGCAGAAGGUUGAGGCGACCGGGCAGCACCGUGGGUCUGGCGGCGGGCCGCGAGCCGAUGGAGCCUCCAAGGUAGGGACGCGGUCGAAGAAAAUAGGAAGUUGGCUCAGGCGCAUCAGCAACGUGGCAGGAGCUACAAUUGCCAGAAGGCACCAUCAGGACCGUCGGAGUGGCGACGAGAAGGAUACAUCGUCUGAGAAUGGAGGGAGAAGGUCGAGCUCUGCUACCGAUCACAGCCAGGACGGUUCGCAUGGUCUCGACCUUCGUGUCAAGGUUUGGCAGUACGGGAAGUCCCACAAGGAGCUCAGCGGUCUGUACAUGAGUCAGGCGAUUCAGGCGCAUAAUGGUUCCAUCUGGAGCAUCAAGUUCAGCUUGGAUGGCCGGUACUUGGCUAGUGCAGGAGAGGACUGUGACAUCCAUGUGUGGGGAGUUUCUGAGAUCAAUACGAAGGGGGACUCGUUGAGAGUGGCAGAGGAGAAUGGGAAUUCUAAACCCUUUGCUUUGUCAAUCUGUAAUCGUCCACCAGAUCCAACAUCAGUGUUGCCCGGUGCUGAAGGGAGCCACUGGGAUAAGAAGAUAAUAGCAAAGUUCCAUGGUGGUCGGAAAUCGGUUAGCUCCGACCCUGUUAUGAUGCCGGAGCUUGUGUUUGCUUUGUCGGAGAAACCAGUGUGUUCUUUCCGAGGCCAUGCUGAUGAUGUCCUUGAUCUCUCUUGGUCAAAAUCACAGUAUCUUCUGUCAUCUUCAAUGGACAAGACUGUUCGACUAUGGCACAUGUCUAGCAAUUCCUGUUUGAAAAUAUUCACACAUAGUGACUAUGUGACUUGCAUCCAGUUCAAUCCUAUUGAUGACAGGUAUUUCAUCAGUGGAUCCCUGGAUGAGAAGGUCCGGAUAUGGAGUAUUCCUGACCCUCAAGUUGUUGAUUGGAAUGAUUUGCAUGAGAUGGUCACUGCUGCUUGUUUCUCUCCUGAUGGACAGGCUGCUCUGGUUGGUUCACAUAAGGGGAGUUGCUACUUGUAUGAUACAUCUGAUAACAGACUUAUCGAAAAAAGACGAAUCGACCUAGAAAACAAGAAAAAGAAGGCCGCACACAAGAAAAUUACUGGGUUCCAGUUUGCUCCAGGGGGCUCCUCAAAGGUGCUAGUUACAUCUGCGGAUUCACGAGUCCGGAUAAUCGCUAAUGAGGAACUUAUCCACAAAUUUAAAGGGUUUCGCAACACAAGCAGCCAAAUCUCAGCCUACUGGACUGCCAAUGGCAAAUAUGUUAUCUGUGCCAGUGAGGAUUCUCAUGUAUAUGUAUGGAGAUAUGAUAACCAGUUGCAACCAAGCCGCAGCAAAACUCCUGCAAGUGUCACGCGGUCUUACGAGUAUUUCCACUGCCAGGGUGUCACAAUGGCUAUUCCUUGGCCAAGCACUGGAACGGAAAGGAUGAACAGAGCUCACUCCAGUGAACAGCUUGUGUUUAAUGAGGAAUCAGAUGCCAAUGGACAUCAUCGUUCAUCUUCUCAUGGUUACCUUACCAUUGGGUGUCAACAGAAAAACAACAUUCUCACUCCAAAUUCAAGUCACUCCUCUGAUAGGGUUUCUGCGACUUGGCCCGAAGAGCUCAUGACCCUUAGGCAGAGCCCUCAGAGUGACGGUGAUCUUUUCGGCAGAUGCAUGCCGGUGCAAAAUACAUCAGCCUGGGGAUUGGUGAUUGUCACUGCAAGUCAAUGUGGCGAAAUUAGAACUUUCCAGAAUUUCAGCUUUCAAUUUCUGACAUGAUUUUUGUUCAGCAGCCUUGGAACAAUACUCAUUACUUCCACUGUAGUUUUGUGUACAGAUAGUUGGAUAUUUGGCAGAGAUCUGUGACAUAUAAUGGCAAGAGAGUGUACCAAUCCAGCAACUCAGAGAUCUCACCACAGCAAGGAUUCUUCUUAAGUGUACAAUAAAGCAGAAGCUAAAGAUGGUGGAUGAUCGGUCCUCCUUGGUAAUCUUCCUUCUUCUUUUUUUUCCCUUUUUCUUAUGACCGCAACCAUGUUUUAGGGUUACGGUGUUCUUGUGAAACCUCUCUCCACCAUUCUUUUAUUUUAUUCUGUACAAAAGAAACAAAAUGUGAAUGCUGCAAGAAAAUUGCACAUAUUAGCAGACGCUGGAAGGAGAUUUAGGAAAGCAAUAAAGAUCAUUGUUUCUCACUGAACCUGAGUGGAUCAUGUUGUCCAAAACCUCACCACAUCGGACAAGCCAUAUCGCCGGCAUUGCCAACCACCUCAUUCUUCCUCUGGCCGCAGCUGCCACAGUCGAUCUGUCCCUGUGAAGGACUCAUCGAUAAACCAUGAGUUGACAGACAAAAGAGACCUUCUUUGGGUGAACCACAAGUAGAUUGACUGGUGAUAAAUGCUUGGUGGGAGAUUUGGAUGCAGCUGCAUUGACCUUUUGAUGUUUCUACCAAAUUGUUCCAGCAUAAGAUAUCCAGCAGCUAAACAUCUAUUGCCCUGCCAUGGUCUCUAUACAGGACGAAAGAAAGCUAACCCUCCGUGAGUUUAGCAGCAAAAGUAAUCACUUAAAUCUAUAAUCCACAGGCUGAUCGUUUGCUGAUGGUGAAAAGCCGCCACAGGCUAGCAGAUUACACAUCUCGGAAGCCACCAGAGCCAAUUUGUCCUUGUUGAUCAGGUUGCAGAGUUGCUACCUCGCAGUGAAUGAUAAGCAGUAAGGUUAUGUCAAGAGUGAUGUGCCCAACACUGAUCAUGGAGCAAAUGGACAUGAUGCUUCAAGUGAAUCUAAUAUUCAACCAUGCACAACUGCGAGAUAUCAAGACAAUGUUCAUCUGUCCGCCAAGGUGAUUAUGGAGCAAAAGGAAGCAAUCCAUCCUGAAAAUUUCAUGCCAAUUGAAGAUCAACAUGCUGCUUCGAGUGAAGAUCAACAGCACAAUCACGUCGAGUAAUCCUUGACCGCACAAAGAACUACAAGAACAUGCACCAACUCAAGCUAUUACCUUCUUUCUGAAGCUGCCAUGUGACGGAAUUGGCAAUGACAAGUCGAGUCGACUUACCAGCUUUUAGCAAAUGGCAAAUGCAUUGGAGAUGACCUUCUUGACCGGGAAGGUAACUGAUUUCCUUCACGGAAUCACCCAAUCAUUAGGCAACAAGGUGGUGCCAUGACAUAUGUACAACCAAAUGCUCAUUUACUGAAGAUAAUUUGCUGGUUGUGCCCGAAAAUGGAUAAGAUUUAGCUCUUUCUCCUUUGAAAACCUUUCCAGCAUCAAGAGUCAACAAUCUUUCUUAGUUCCCUACCAGAAUCCAACUGGCUUGCUCUUCUGAUACAUAACAGAACCAUGGAGGGCAGAUUAUAGUGUAGUCAUCAAGGCACAGGAGUUUCAGUUUUGGAGUAUCCUCCUCAUGGAAGUCUCUUCGGUACCCAUGAAAAUUCUUUGUUAAAAUGCUUGUUUGGCAUUAUCGAUAGUGACCUGAGAAUGAAAGAAAAGGAAUCGAAGAUAUCAAGCAAUUGCAGUUUUUAUUUA